AUGCAACAACAAGCAGAAGACCCACAGCCAUUAUCCGAGCCAAAUAAAGACAGUAAAUCAGAAAAACUAAAUGUGCAUUUAAUUACCGAUAUUCUACACUUAAUAUUCAAGGCAUUAGUGCCAAAAGACUUAUUUUCCGUGAUUCUCGUCAACCGUACUUGGUGUCGAAAUGGUAUUUCAAUUCUCUGGAAAGCACCAUUUAGUCAUCCACGUCUCAACACUAGCCGUGCGAUUCGCACAUACUUACUGUCCAUCACAGAACCAUCACAAAGCUAUUUUAAAAUGUUUCCUUAUUUGCCAAUAAAUAGCAUAUCAAAAGAUUUAAAAGAAUUAGAGGUAGAUUUGAGAAUUAUUAAAGAGCCAUUAUUCGAUUAUAUUUCAUAUUGCUCGGUAUUUGAUUAUGGUGGGAUGGUUCAAGCGACUUAUGGUUAUUGCGGGAGAUUGCGCAAAUGUCAGAGAGGAAAAUUUGCUAGUUUAAUCAUGUGUCUCUUGUUAGAAAUGUUCAAAACACGUGGCAUCCAGUUCAAAGCAAUGAGAGUAAAAUAUCUACAGGAUUCUAAAGAACAUCUUUUAUGGGCGUCGUCUGAAUAUAGAUUUAUGUUUUCGGAGAUUGUAACUCUUAAUCUGGAUGGGAAAUGCAAGAAGAGUGAAGUAUUGGCUGCAAUGAUUCCGAUUUGCCGAAAAAUUAAACACUUAAGAUUUCGUGUAGACGAUACGUAUGGCGCCGAAUCAAUUAAAAAUCUUAUCCAACUUAUACACUCGCAAACUAAUCUCGCCACUUUCGUGAUAACCGGCAGUAUCGAAACAAACUAUCAAGCAUCAUUAUUUUCGGCUCUCUGCACACAGAACAGUACAAUCACCUCAUUGAAAUUCAAUUAUUUCCGCUUUACCUUUAUGGAUUGGUCUUUCUUAGAAAAGUUGACUCGUCUGCAACAUCUGAGCAUCCAAAAUUGUAUCGGGUUCCGUUACAGUCUAGAAAAAAUUAAUGAUGUAUUGGGUAUGAGAAGAUAUUCCAGAUCAUUUGUUGUAACUCUUGAAGGAUUUGUUUGGAAACUUGAUUUACAAGAAUGA